AUGUCCUGGCAGCCGGACGAGGAGGGCUGGGGCUGCGUCCCCGCCUGCGCAGGGAUCCCCGCCCCGGCCGGCCCAACCACCAGAGGGGCCCUGCUGCAGCUCCGGGUCCGACCUCUGUCUGGGGGGACUGGAGGCGGGGGCCGGGGCACAGAGUCCGCUGCUACUUUGGGGCGGCCCUGGGCAGCCGGCGAGGCCGGACCCGGCGCGCACGCGAGCGACCCCCGCCUCGCCUUCGUGUCGCGCACGCCCCGCUCCCUUAACGGCGUCUCCACGCCCUCGGCGCGCGGGGCGGGGGCCGUGCCGGGCGGUGGGCGUGCGCGCGGGGGGCGCUGCCCGGGAGAAGCCGCGCUCGCGCCCCGGCCCCGCCGCCUCGGUGAGCCCCCGGCCUCGCGCGCACUCGGGCGCCGGGACGGCACGGGCGGCGCUCGCUCCGGGGCCGGGGCGGGGCUCCGGGCUCGCCCCGCCCGCGCAGCCUGCGCAGCUCUCCGGACUCCGGCAGUCCGGCCGCACCGGCAGAGCCCAGCGGAGCCGAGCCACCGGGCACGUGAGACCGGGGCCGGGACCGAGAGGCGCGCGGCGGGCGGGAGCCGCGGGGUGGGGUCGGGUGGGGGCUCUCCCGCCGCAGGCGUCCCGGAACCAGGGGCUGCGUCGCGGCCCAUCCUCCCUCGGGAGGACGCCACCUCCGCGCGCGGAGACUGCGGAACAGGACGGGCGGUGCCGGGUGUGGGCAGGAAACGCUGCCCGGGAGGUGCGGCUGGCGGCGGGGCGGCGGGCGGGGGCUGGAGCGGAGGCGGCCUGCGGAGGGGCGAGCCCCAUUCACCUCCUGCACGCCAGCGCUUGGGGGGGGCCCGGGAGCUGAGGGGCGUGCACGCGUGGGUGUGGGUGCGCUUCGGCAUCCAGGCGGCGCGGCGUGCGUGCCGUGCAGGGUGGGCUGCUGGAGGGGCGGCCCAGGCUCCCUCCCAGCCUUGCCGCAGCGAAGCUCCCGCGGCCCACGCUGAUGCGGCGCUGGCUAUUUAUAGGCCUUCACUGCGGAGACCGAGGCCGGAGGCCAUGUCGGGCGAGGACCAGGAGGCCCGGGCAGUGGCUGAGGACAGCUCGCCCAGCCCGGGGGACACACUGCCCUGGAACCUGGAGAAGACCCAGCGCAGCCGGCGCGGCAGAGGUGGCCCUGGGGGGAACGGCAGUGUCUUGGACCCUGCCGAGAGAGCGGUCAUCCGCAUCGCAGGUCGCAGUGGCAGCAUCCUAGGUGGGGCGGCGGCGGCGGCGGCGGCGGGCGCGGGAGGGGCGCCCCCCGGCGGCCAGGUGAGGUCGCUGGGGCCGGCCGGGCGCGGGAGGGGCGGCGGCCGCCGGGACGAGCGCGGCCGGGCCCCGGAGCCGCGGAGCCUGCGAGCCCCGCCCGCCCCGCCCGCCGCCCGCAUGGCCGCCCCGCGGCCGCCCGGCCCGCCGCCCGACGAGCAGGACUUCAUCCAGGCCUACGAGGAGGUGCGGGAGAAGUACAAAGGUACGGCGCCGCCGCCCCGCCCGGCCGCGCUGACAGGUCCCCCGGCCGGACAGGCGGGCCUCCGGCACCGCGUCCGCGCUGGCCGUCCGCGCGCCGCGCAGCCCCGCAGCCCCGCAGCCCCGCAGCCCCGCCGCCGGCCUCGCUCGACCCCCGCGGCCGCCGGCGCCGGCGGGAGAGGCCGCGCGCUCCGCGGAGCCCGCUCCCCGUGGCUGCCUGUGCGGGCGCUGCCCCCAAGGGCAGCUCAGGGAGAGAGGUCUUGCUGGGACCUUGCCUGGAGCCUGGGCAGCCGCUCUCCACCGCAGACCUCGCCCCGGCAGGCGGGGAGGAUUCGCGGGCCCAGGGCUCGCCUCUGCCAGGCGGUCCCGCUCUCUCAGCUCUCCUGGGCCCCGGGCUGGUGGGUGUGCGGCAUGCUUCUUGUUGGCACUGUGGCCGACCCGUCCGUCUCUGUGACCGGGUCGCCUGGGCUGGGUAGACGUGCUCAGGUGACAGGGGCCUCCGGAGCCCGGCCACCGCACCUGCAGGGAGGGAGGGCCCGCCUGUGGAGGCUGGCCCAGCCUGGUAGGGCCCAGCCGGACAGGCCCAGGGCAGGGAAGCAGCUGCCCACCGGGCCAGAGCUCUCCUGGUCGUUCCCAGGACGGACCUGCUCAUGA